AUGUUCAAUCGAAAGCGUCGCGGCGUCACGGACGAGGAGCGGCUCAGCAGUUAUGAGCUUGACUGGCCAACCUCGCAGCGAUGGAAGCCAAACUACUCUGUCCCGCGCAACUCGCUUGAGUAUGACCUCAAUGCAUCACGCGACUCAUCUGACCCAAGCAAAGAGCCCGAGAAACGACCUAAUGUACCGCAUCCGAUGUCUUUCGGGAGUCGGCGCGACAUGGAUACCUCUGCGAAGGCCAUUCGGCAAGGAGUUCUAGACCAGGGUGCCGAUGAGGAGGAGUUCUCUAACUUGAAGCUUUGGAUAGAGACAAUGUCUGAGUUGUACAUGAACGAUCUCGAUAAUCGAGCUCGGUGGGAUCCACGUUGGCUCAAUGUCACUCGCAGAGAGCGCUUCGAAGGGCUGGAGUCUGUCGCCAUUUCAAUUGUGGACUACUUCGCCAAUGAGACCGUAGAGAAGAGCGAACUCGUCACCACAAAGAAGGAUCUCGCGGUGGCUCUCAACUCGAGACCGGAGAGCUCCCAGGUGCGAGUCAUUAUGGUCAGCGAUCUGAGCCGCUUCGUCAUGGGUGCGCUGGGGCAAUUGUACUCGGUAGAUCCUGAAUUCUGGUACGAACAUCUCAUCGCCUCAGGGUACUGCGCAAGCGACAGUGGUCUCAAGUUGAAGAAUGCAACGUGGAUGAACUGGGCCGAACAAGAAACCCGUUUCCGUCAUCGUCCUCUCCCGGGGAUCGGUCAGCGAACGGAAUGGAACCUGUCACGGAGAACCAAGGCUCGUAAAUGGGCACAUCUUCGUUGGGGUCGGCUUGGUCUCCUUCAUUACCUCGGGCGCAAAGGUUUCUACGAGGAUGAGAUUGCGAAACGCAUCUCUGAUGGGCGUUGGACAAUUGAACGAGAUGUUGUUCUUGACAAGCAUGGACUACUUCUGACCGACAAGAGAAAAAAACGCGCAGAGAAGAAGAUGAAGGAGAAGAGAGAGAAAGAGGAAAAGGCAAAAAAGAAGAGCUUGAAUGCUUUUGAUGUUCCGAAAACAUCUAGUGGCCACGAGAUUGAAGGCACAUCGACAAGAGCCAAGACAUCGAAUGUGUAUCGUCCUUACAGCACGUUCCACCCUGUGCUACCGCAGAACCCAACGUACUGGAGCAAUCGAGAUCUCAGAGUCAUGGCCCCAGAAGGCUUGGGUUAUUGGUCAAGUGUUGACAAGGAGGGUCGAAAGACAAGUGAUCAUCCUGGUCUUCGACCCACCACGAACUAUGCAGCACGACAAGACCAAAGAGACAACACCGUCUCUAACAUUUAUGCCUCGAGCCAUGGAACGUACCUGGAUCCACCUCCGCCAACCUUUUCAAAGAAGCAAUUGAAGAAGGACAAGAAGGAAGCCAGGAGAAGGCGAGCACAGGCUAGAAGGAAUAAACAUGAACAGUCAAUCACUGUCAAUGAGAAAGGCAACGACACCGCUUCAGAAUACUCCAGCGACUCCGAAUUCGACGAAGAGUAUCGAGAGUCGCUCCGAAAGGCCUACAAACACCGUCAACAGUUACUGCGCGAUCGCGACUUUGCGCGCAAGUACUCGCUAUCCACUUUUGAUCUUGUGUACCGAUACAUAAGCAAGAUACCCACCAGCACGCUCAAUCAGGACGAUUCGAUGAUUCCGUCUAUCCUCACGCGACUCCCAUUCGAUGAUACGUGGCAGCUCCUAGCCGAACUCCGUUUGAUGCAGGAUCAUGUUGAUGCUGAUCUUGGCGCAGACCUGCACAUUCAUUUGCUUGAAGCUGCUGGUACAAUGACAAGACAGAAUGUAGCGUGGAUAAGGUCGACUUUGCAGGAGCUGAGUGAGUGGAUCGGCCAUAUCAGAAAGUCCAAGAAUAUUCUCGAUCUACCUGAAGAGCUGGAGGGAGAGAUGGCCGAGCUCACGACUGAGCUUCAAUCCCUGCAGUCACGCUCAGAACAAACGCUCAAUCUCCUGGUCGCUUCAACAGGCAUCGCCCAAUCAUCUCUCGUCAUCGAUCAAACGUCUGGCAUCAACAAACUCACCGAACUCGCAUUUUUCUUCAUACCGCUGUCCUUCAUCACAUCCGUCUUCUCCAUGCAAGUCGCAGAACUCACCGAAUCACCGCCCAAGAUGUGGACAUGGGGUCUCUCUCUCGGCCUAGUUUUUCUCAUAACCUAUCUCAUCCGCAGUUUUGUCCGCUCGCCUUCCGUCAGACUCUCUGCCAUGCGCGUCCGUGUAACGAUGCUUAACCGCUUCACGCCCAAGUCGCGGUCUGCAUCGCACCGUCUCAAUUCUGUCGGCAACCGUGCUAUCGCCGGGUAUAUCUUCUUCUUCCUCAUCCGCUGCCUCUUCGUCCUCGUAAUCUUGACUUUCCUUCUGCUUUUUAUCUUUCUUGUGCAUCUUGGCAUCUGGGCUGGUGCAGCUGGCACGGCGAUGUACUUUAUCGUCACGCGGUGGCCCGAGCCGGCAGUGCUGGCACCUUGCUUCAUCGCGAUUGUCCUGGCAGGUAUUGGCUUUUACGCUACGUGUUGUUGGACUGCGGACAUACAGGCGUUUUGGGAGAAGUGGAGUAUUGAGGUGGCAGAGAUGCUUAUGAAUAUGUUGCCUGAGAAGUGGAGGUUUGAUCGGGUUGAGGAUGAGGAUUUGGCGGAUGAGGGUGUCAAAACUUAUGCGCGACAGGCAAUCUUUUUUGCGUCGACGUAA